AUGGAGGCCGACGCUUCGUCCUCUGGCGGCACCGCGGCUCUCGUUGCCGAGGCUCAGUUUGCUCAGGUUUUCAGGAAACUCUUGAAGAAAGAAGGGAUUUUCAACUCCCUUUAUCGAGUGCAGAAACUUCCUGAUGGGACUACAGCAUUGCCUAUACUCAGUCAAAACUUCACAGCGCAGCACCUACAGCAGCUGAACGAGAGCAUCCCACAUGGAAAGGCCUGCACUCUGACAUGGAUCCAUAAUCCUAUUCCUUCGAAAGCAGUUAUGGUACGUUCGCCUGUUCAGAAACUACACAGUGAGCUACAACACCUCAUGUCAAUCCAUGGUGCUGCGUGGUCAGAAGAGUUAGAGAAAGAUCUGCCACGGUCCUGGCAGAGGCAUGGAGACCUUAUUCUUCUAAGCGAGGAUUGCUUUAGAGCAAAGCAGUGGAGAGAAUUGGGCCAAGAACUUUGGCAGGUGGUUGCUGAUGCUUUGGGGGCCCGGCGUUUAGCCAAACGGGGGCGAGUGCAGUCAGAUUUCUUUCGCUCUCCUGCUGUGACCCUGUUGCUGGGUGAGGAUGGUUGGGUUGAACAGGUGGAUAAUGGAAUCAGAUACAGCUUUGAUGUGACCCAGUGCAUGCUGUCUCCAGGAAACAUUACUGAAAAGCUACGGAUAGCCUCUAUGUUAUGCGCAGGAGAAGUAGUGGUGGAUCUUUAUGCUGGGAUUGGCUAUUUCACUCUGCCGUACUUAAUUCAUGCUGGUGCUGCCUUGGUCCAUGCUUGUGAGUGGAACCCUCAUGCUGUGAAAGCUCUACGGAGGAACCUGUAUCUGAACGGCGUUCAGGAUCGGUGCCACAUUCACCAGGGAGAUAAUAGAAAGGUGGAACUACGGGAUGUGGCUGACAGAGUCAACCUAGGACUGAUCCCGACGUCGGAGGGAGGCUGGCCAGUCGCUUGCCAGGUCUUGAGAAAGGAUGUGGGAGGGGUCCUUCACCUACACCAAAACGUGGAGACUUUUCCAGGAAAGGCACUUGAGUUGUUCCAGCAACCGGAGCAGAAUCAGUCACCCAAGCAGGGUCCCUCCCAAGCAGUAUCCCGUGGCCAAGAAAAUCAAGUCGCUCUGGAGGACCACGAUGCCCUCCAGAACGUUGGACAAUCAUCCACAACUUCAGCCAAACAAGAAUGGCAGCGCUGGGCAGAAGUCACGGCCACACGGAUCCGGGCUUUGCUUCAGAACCUGGACAGGAAACGGUGGAAAACCCAAAUCUUGCAUAUUGAGCAUGUGAAAUCGUACGCCCCUCAUGUAGACCAUCUAGUCUUGGAUCUAGAUUGCCGGCCGCUGGAGUAGCGUAUGGGGAAUGUCUUCUCUCUGACUCGGGGGAUCUUGGAAGAAGCAGGGAAUGGUACCACAUUCUGGAUCUUCUUCAUGAGCGGCUUCCCACUUUUUGAAACCAGAAGGUUGGUGGCUGGAAAUGUCACAUAAUCUUGGGAUUUUGCGAAUGCAAUCAGAACUGUGAUGAAUCCUUGAACCCUGACAGGAACCGAGAACAUAAGUAGGCGAUAGAAGUGAUUUGGACAGCUAGUUGAUGCCUGCUGGGUUCUACAAAAUAAGCCAAUCCUUCCAGACUUCUUUCUGAGCUAUACUAUUUGCUGGAGGUUCUGCAUCGUAUCGAAUAACUUUUUGCUACUAUAAAUUCACAUGGUUCUUUCCUGCAAGGUCUGCAAAAUCAAGAGAUUACAAACCACGUCAGCUAAAUCCAGCCAUUCGCACAAAAAACAUUUGUCAUUGCCAUUGUUGGCAGAAUAACCCAGAAUAACUGUGUUCAUGCAUUA